CCUGCAUUUUUUUUUAAAGAAAAAACAUAGCCCUAUCGCUUUAAAAUGUCACACUUUUGAAAAUUUAUAUUUGAAGCAAAAUCAGAAAAUGAGGAAAAGGAAUUCUACGGUUUAUACUAUACUUAGAACUAUCAGGCAGCCGACGAAAUUGGAUGAGGUUAUCAGUUCGGUUCCAAAGCCAAAGGGCGCAAUUCCGAAUUUCGGUCUUCCCAAAUGGAAAUGCACACCCCUUGAAUGCAAAAUUCCCCUCGUGCCAGGACCAGAAGGGGCGUAUUAUUUUUCUCGAAAUAAAAUCGGAAAGCAAUUAUACAAGAAAUCCUCAAGAAAUGCAGAAUUCGAUUUAACUGACCCUAAUCAAUAUGACAUUGCAUUUGAGUAUGACUCGUUACACGAUCGACAUCUGGCUCGUUACUUCUCCGAUGAGAAAACUCUACUCAGAAUGAAAAAACUGGGAUUCAUCACCGAGGACUUGGAUGCUAUAUGUUCGGUCAAGGAGUACAACAUGUAUCGUAAAUAUAUGCAGAAAUUGCACGGAGAAAAUGUGAAACGAGAACUUCGGCGGAGGGGGGAACUGGAAGCUGAGAAGAGAGAUCUCAGAGCUGCGAAUCGUGAAGCACACAAAGAAGCAGCGAAACUAAAGAAGAAUGACAAGAAAAACGAGGCUCGAAUCAAAAUGGAUUCUCCCCAAUUGCAAGCAGAAGAAAAACGUCGUCGGCUGCUAAUAAAACAACAACAAACAGAGGAACGUCUCAAAAUGUUGGAAUCAAAAAAGAAAGACCAGAAGGAACGAGUAAUUCUGCGUGCAAAAGUACGUGCUGAACAUCUCAAACAAAGAAGGAGGUGCGUAUGGGAGAGAGACCGUCAAAAAAUCGUCAAAGUGCUUCUGAAGUGGAGACAGAAAGACCGCGACAGGAACAAGAGACAGAGGAAGUCCCUCCGUGAAGCCGACGAAGCUAGACGUGAAGCUACUGAAAAAAAGUGGAUGGAACGUGAGAGGUACCAAGAGUGGCUAUUAACAAUUGAAAAAUUCCUCCUAGAAUAUGCCCAGGGUGAGGCUAAGAGGAAUAUUGAAAAAUACAUGAAGAAAGUGGAGCGAGAGUGCGACAGAAUAAGAAAAAAUAUCGAAAAUCACUCAAAAUUCCUGGCGUGUUACAAGAUAAGACACUCCACCAGACCCCAAAUAUCGUGCUGCAAAAUCGAGUCGACACCCAAGAGACUUGAAAAAAUAAUCAACUCUCGGGAAUCAAUUCAGGAUGGGGAGUCACACACGGGCGAAUGUGCAAUGACAGAAGUAUGCAGAUGCAAUGUGGGAAGUGAAUUUUGCAUGGACUUACGUCAACCGCUCGUUUAAUCGCCGCGCAGAGUGCAAAGUAUCCACUGUGCCCAUUGACUUUCCACUUAUUAUCAGCAUUAUUGCUCCAGAAUGAAAAAUUCAGUGUAUCCAGUACAAAUAUCCAAUCAAUGGCCUUGGGAUGUCCCGCAUUUGGGUGUAACUCAGAUUGCGAAAAAUUGUCAAUUGAUAUUGUACGAUUUUUCAAUCCCUCGAGCACCUAAUAGAUCAUUAAAUCAAGAAUUACGAUCAAUACUGAUCAAUAUCAUGUUCUACUCCUAUUAAUCGAUGAUUACUGAUUUUUAUUACCUCGCGGGCGAGAUUGUUGAUGCCUUCCUCCUCGAUAAAUACAUUUUUCGCUAGUCUAGCUAUCAAUUUUCCGGAUUCUCGAGGCAAAAUGGCCAUUUUGAUAUGUAAAUUAUUGAUAAUUUCGACGUCAACUAUCACCGAAACAACUCAAAACACUGGUUUAACAUAUGAUUUGAGGAGCCACGAGCCGGCAUGAUGCUAUCAUACCUGAUUAACCAUAGUGUGAGGACGCGGGGUGUCUACUGGAGAGGGGAAGCAAUCACCUCGGUGUACUUAACCGGCGGAAAUUUGCAAACAGAAAAAUUAAUUAGCAUACAUGAUUGUAUAUCGUUAGAAGAUCAUUGUAGAUCUAUUCAUUUUGUUUGUAGCCUCGUGGACAAUUACUGAUCAUCAUUUUAAUGUUUCCCAUAAAGAUGGCGGAAAAAAAUAAAAAAUCAACUGCUUAAUUGAACUGCAGGUAAUUUUGUGGGAAAUCGUUUGUAGGUCACGAAUAUAAAGGUUUGCUCAUUUGUACAUAUCCCAAUCAUCGAAUAUAAUUAAAUAAAAAUAGUGCUUACUCCCCCCCCCCCAAUUUAUGGCCAAGCGUAAGCUGUUAAUAGAGAUUAUAGGGGAGAUUGCGAACGCUUAUGGAGUGGCUUAAACCGGAAAAUUUUGUAACGGUGGCGCAGGAACGACGAUGGUGAAUGUACCUGUUGGUAACGCAUUACCACAGAGUACGUGGCAUGCCAUUCGGGGCAGCUCAUUUGCGAUUCUUCUAAGGCUCCGGGAAACUUCUAAAACUAAUUUUUUCGUUUUUCGCGUUUUUCUCGGCUCCUAGGACUCCUAAAGCAAAAAGGGCCCGGAUUUGGGAUCAGACCAUUUUUCGUCCAUAUCUUUGGAAAUAAUAUAGCUAGGGAAAUUUGGCCGACGCCAUUCAACUCUUGAGAGAAUUUGCGAUUUUUCUAGGGCUCCCAAUAGAUUCUAAAACCCGUUUACACGGUUUUCGCAUUUUCUCUGCUCCUGGGGCUCCUCCAGCCAAAAGCCUCCCACCCCAAUUAGCCACGUUCUCCGUGAUGAUGCCCUACGGACAGGCACCAUCGUAGUUCAUACGCCAUCCCCACUGAAUUUUGCGGGUCCCAAAAGGCUAUUCGCGACCACGUACAUUUAGGUUACGCAUCUUGUGGUGUGAUCACGUGGGACAUCUAGUUCGUCCAGUCGACGAGAGUAGCGCUUACAAUCAAUGUUUGACAAACUUCAGAGAGAGAGAUCGGCUCGUUUUCCGUCAACAUUCGAUAUAAACAAAUAUGGCCGGAUCGUCAGAUCUAAUAUAAACAGAACGAAAAAUCGUCAUGAGGUUUUAUGGAUGCUGUUGGAUAAAGUACGAAUCACUUACGCAGGAUUUUCUCUUCAUGUUCUCCAGUGUAACCAG